AUGGUUUCGGCACCGGAUCUGGUUCAUUAUGUGUGCAUUGCCAGGGGCACCACGGUAUUAGCUGAGUUCAAUUCGAAGGAUGAGAAACUUGGAUCGAUCGCCGGAAAAUGUUUGGAGAAAACGCCGCCGUUUCAUUCCAUUUUCACCCACACCGUCCGGUCUCGAACCUACACUUUCUUGAUCGAUGACCCUUUCGUUUAUUUCGCGAUUUUUGAUGAAAGACUGGAGAAAUUUGAGGGAUUGGGCUUCCUCAGGAGCGCAAAAGAAACGUUUCACAAGUUUUUCCAGGGCGAUCUGGGGAAGAAGAGGUUGGACCGGGUGAGUUCUCAUUGUUUUCAGGGGGAAUUCAAUCCGAUUUUCCAUCGGUUGCUGGGUCCAGGCCCGGAACCAGAGGUUCCAAGAGGUGAAAGAUUUGACGAAAGCGGCAGUUUGUGUUCCGGUUCAGGCCAUUUGGGGAGGCCAAAUGGGGAUUCGUCGAUGAACUUGAAGAAGAAGAAUAAUAGAUUGUUUGGGGAUUUUAAGAUUGGCAGCGGGGGCAUGAAGGGUAGAGGAGGUGUCAAGAAGAAGGUCGACAUUGGGGCUGAAGAUGACGAUAGGGACGGGAUUAUAUUGAGCCGGGAGUUGUCAAUGGUAAUGCACAAGAAUGGGAUGUACUCUGGUGAAUUGAUGGGAAACCACAACCAUCAGAAGGCCAAGAAAGUUUGGAAAAAGCAAGUGUGGAUAGUGUUAUCGCUUGAUUUGUUCGUUUGCACCAUCUUGUUCAUUGUCUGGUUGUGUGUUUGCCGCGGUUUCAAAUGCAUUGAUAGUUGA